AUGGUGGCUAGUGCGUGGCUUUCCCGGCAGCCGCUGAGGUGUACUCUUGCAUUCCCGCAUCUCCCAGGAACCGAGAGCUCAACAACCACCUUUGAAAACGAACGUGAGCUGCCCAAAAUGGCGAACCAGGGCUACGACGUGGUAGUGGACGUUGACGCCGAGGGCGAUCUCGGCCAUACCGACCUCCAAGAAGACCUCGAAUUCCACCGUUCCAACUUCGAAAAUGACCAACGCAAUGCCAAGGCCCAACAAGACUCGGCCCCCUUCCUCGGCGGCGGUUCAUCGCGCGGCCGUGACCGAUCCCCCGGCGGCACACCCUCCAAGCUCAACUGGUGGUCGAUCCACUACUACUCGCAAUUCUUCGACGUAGACACGAACGAAGUCCUCCGCCGCUGCGUCGCAGCUCUUUACCCGCGCAGCAACUUCCUCGACGUCCUAGAAGGCAACCCAGACCUCUACGGCCCCUUCUGGAUCGCAACCACCGUCGUCGUCAUCCUCUUCCUGACCGGCACCAUCUCGCAAUGGCUCUCCAACAAUGACGACGAGCACUUCGAAUACGACUUCACUUUGCUAUCCGGCGCCGCGGGCUUGGUUUACGGAUACACGGGCAUCAUCCCCAUUGCGCUGUGGGGUGCGCUGAAGUGGUUUGGCAGCUCCAGCGCGGACUUGGUUGAGUCGUGGGCGCUCUAUGGAUACUCGAACCUGGUUUGGAUUGCCGUCGCCCUUGUCAGCUGGAGCCCUUUGACGGCGUUGAACUGGGCUCUGGUGGGUGUUGGGUUCGGGUGGACUGUCUUCUUCCUCCUGCGCAAUCUGUACCCGGUUUUGAGUGCUACGGAUGCGAAGGCUAGUAAGAUCUUGCUGAUUCUGGUCAUUGUGCUGCAUGCUGGGUUUGCGUUGGCUAUUAAGAUCUUGUUCUUUGCACAUGGAAGCCCUGUUUCGAAGAAGAACAAGGACCAUGAUGACGACGAUGAUCACGACGACGACAAGCGACGGAUGUUCGGUGGUUGGUAG